AUGUCAUCAUCAUCAUCAUCAUCAUCAUCAUCAUCAUCAUCAUCAUCAUCAUCAUCAUCAUCAUCAUCAUCAUCAUCAUCAUCAUCAUCAUCAUCAUCAUCAUCAUCAUCAUCAUCAUCAUCAUCAUCAUCAUCAUCAUCAUCAUCAUCAUCAUCAUCAUCAUCAUCAUCAUCAUCAUCAUCAUCAUCAUCAUCAUCAUCAUCAUCAUCAUCAUCAUCAUCAUCAUCAUCAUCAUCAUCAUCAUCAUCAUCAUCAUCAUCAUCAUCAUCAUCAUCAUCAUCAUCAUCAUCAUCAUCAUCAUCAUCAUCAUCAUCAUCAUCAUCAUCAUCAUCAUCAUCAUCAUCAUCAUCAUCAUCAUCAUCAUCAUCAUCAUCAUCAUCAUCAUCAUCAUCAUCAUCAUCAUCAUCAUCAUCAUCAUCAUCAUCAUCAUCAUCAUCAUCAUCAUCAUCAUCAUCAUCAUCAUCAUCAUCAUCAUCAUCAUCAUCAUCAUCAUCAUCAUCAUCAUCAUCAUCAUCAUCAUCAUCAUCAUCAUCAUCAUCAUCAUCAUCAUCACUACUACUACUACUAUUACUACUACGACUAUUAAUAAUAAUAAGAAGAAGAAUAAAAAUAACAAUAGUAAUAGUAAUAAUAAUGCAACCAUUGCAUUUGAUUAACGGUUUCAGAAAGUUCCAUAUUACGUAA